CCUUGCAGUAAUUUCGUUUCCCUGGCUCCCUUUCCGCCCCUUCAGCUGCGCGCGCGCCCACGGUACACGCUCAACGGCAUCGAGUCGCGCUACCAUACUCGAGCUUUCUUCUUUUCCAGUCUUUCGACGCCAAUUUGCGCAACACGACAUACCAUUCGAGCGAGUCGAGUCCCGGCCAAAGAAAACAAAACAGCGACGCAAUGGCGCGCUCGAAGCAGGCCACCCCUAUUCGUCGGCAGACAUCCUCCGAGUAUUUUAGCAAAGCCGACGCCCUCAAGCGGACGCCCAGCAAUGGCAAUGGCGCCAUGGCUUCUGUGACUGCGAAGGAGGCCAAUGGCAAGGUUGUUGCUACACCUGCGGCUGCGGUUGUUGAAGCAAAGGAGGCCGGCGCACUCCAAAUUCUGAUUGCCGUGGGCGGUAUCUAUGCCUCUUUUCUGACUUGGGCCUACCUCCAAGAGAAGCUCACGACGACGCCCUACGGCCUGACGUCCAAGCCCGAGGUCUUCAAGUACCCCGUCUUCCUCAACACGAUCCAGUCCCUCUUCGCCGCGACGACGGGGCUCCUCUACCUCUGGUUCUCCUCCCGCAACGCCGCCUCCCUUCCGCCCGUCUUCCCCUCGCGCGGCAUCGUCAUGCCCCUCGCCCUCGUCGCCGUCACCUCCUCCCUCGCCUCGCCCUUUGGCUACGCCUCCCUGGCGCACAUUGACUACAUCACCUUUUUGCUCGCCAAAUCCUGCAAGCUUGUGCCCGUCAUGCUCCUCCAUACGACGCUGUUCGGCAAGCGCUAUCCGCUGUACAAGUACCUCGUCGUCGCGGGCGUCACAGCGGGCGUCGCCGUCUUCACGCUGCACUCGGGCAGCAAGAAGAAGAAGUCCGUCGUCAACCCGGACGCCAACAUGCCCUGGGGCAUGCUCCUCCUGAGCAUCAACCUGCUCUUUGACGGCCUCACCAACAGCACCCAAGAUUACAUCUUUAGCACGUUCAAGGGGUACACCGGCCCGCAGAUGAUGUGCGCCAACAACCUCAUGAGCACGGCCGUCACGCUGGGCUACCUCGUGCUUAGCCCGUGGCUGGUUCAUACCGGACUCGGCGAGUACCUCGGCAUGGACGUCGCCGGCAGUGCGGGCGAGCUGACGGCCGCGUUGGGUUUUAUGGCGCGGUACCCCGCCGUGUGGUGGGAUGUCCUCGGCUUCGCGGCGUGCGGCGCCGUCGGCCAGGUCUUUAUCUUCUACACCCUCUCCACUUUCUCCUCGGUCCUUCUCGUCACCGUCACAGUCACCCGCAAAAUGGUCACCAUGGCCCUCUCCGUCUUCGCCUUUGGCCACAGUCUCACGAGCAUGCAGUGGGCCGGCGUCUCUCUCGUCUUUGGCGCCAUUGGCGCCGAGGCACAGAUCGCGACCAAGGAGAAGAGGGCCAAGGAGGCUGCGAAGCGCGCGGCGGCUGCUGGGAAGACGCAGUGAGAGAAGGAGAAAGUGGGAUAUUCCAUUUAACCCCUUUCCUUCUAGAUAAAGGAAGAUGGAAGGUCGGAGUGCAUGACUUUGUAUGGGACUUCCUUGUUUCAAGGUUUCUUGACUACAAAACAUCAGGCCUCGUUGUUUCUUCUUCCCUUUUAUCAAACCUUUUGAUUAUUCAUCCUCGUUCUUCUGACUCUCUUCUUGGUCAAACGACCUCUUCUUCUCGAGAUAUCCCAAUCACCUUUUUGAUCAUGUGGCAUCGGACGCAAGACCACUCAUUCACUUUUCUGGGGGGGGGCCAAUAGAGGAUCAACUACACCACCACCCCUUCCUCUACAACCUGUA